AUGGGGCCCCCGGGCAUUAGGGCAUAAUGGGGCCUGUGUCCUUGCCCAAACUAAAAAAAAGCCUAUGAAAAAGAAAAGCUUUUUACCAAACCAAAUUGAUCUCAGGUAAAACAGAGAUCAAUGGUGAUUUAAAAUGGCUCAGGAUGAAAGAGCCAAUGCUCACACCCAGGGGCGGACUGACAACUCAUGGGGCCUCCGGGCAAUAGGGGAUCAUGGGGAACCUGUGUCUAUGCCCAAACUCAAAAAAGCCUAUGAAAAAGGUACCAGGGGCAUCUCAUGGGCCCCCUACUGCCCCAGUCCUUCGGGCAGUGCCCGAGUUUCCAAAUGGUCAGUCUGCCCCUGCUCA